UCCUCCCAGUGGCCAGAAACUGUCAGUACAGGAAGGACGUGCAGUAAACUAUUGGGUAGGAGAGGAGGUCAUUACCGUGUUCACCACAGGGCAUGAGACAGACAGCGGUUCUCCUUCCGUGCCUGACAAACACACUUUAACAUACUUUUCAAAACACCAUGAACAUGCCAAUAGUGCCGUUGACCUUCUGGUAAAAUUACUGAAAAUGCUCCAUGCGUGUUACUCUGUGCUAGAAGAUGGCGGAGUCGGAUGGCGGGGAUUUUGCUUCGAAAAAUCCACAGAGCAGUAUGGCUAACAAGAAUAGCACCCUGCGCUGUACAUUCUCGGCCUCAAGCCACAGUACCACCCUCCUCCAGGGCUUGUCGGUCUUGCGUGCUCAGGGCCAGCUACUUGACGUUGUGCUGGCCAUCAAUGAGGAGCGCUUCCAGGUCCACAGAGCUGUGCUGGCCGCUUGUAGUGAUUACUUCAGAGCAAUGUUUACUGGAGGCAUGAGAGAGUCGAAUCAAGAUACCAUUGAGCUGAAGGGUCUGUCCGCCCGUGGGCUGAAACAUAUCAUUGACUUUGCCUACAGUGCAGAAGUCACUUUAGACCUGGACUGUAUUCAGGAUGUCCUUGGGGCAGCAGUGUUUCUCCAGAUGGUCCCAGUCAUGGAGCUCUGCGAGGAGUUCCUCAAGUCAGCGAUGAGCGUGGAGACCUGCCUGCACAUCGGCCAGAUGGCCACUACCUUCAGCCUGUCUUCCCUCAAAGAGUCGGUGGAUGCCUUCACCUUCCGCCACUUCCUCCAAAUUGCAGAGGAGGAGGACUUUCUGCAUAUUCCCAUGGAGCGCCUCGUCUUCUUCCUGCAGAGCAACAAACUGAAGAACUGUAGCGAGAUCGACCUCUUCCAUGCCGCCGUCCGGUGGCUCCAGUAUGACGAGUCUCGCCGGGCUCAAGCCAGCAGUGUCCUCUGCCAUGUGCGCUUCCCCCUCAUGCGUUCCUCUGAGCUGGUGGACAGCGUUCAGACGGUGGACAUCAUGGUGGAGGAUGUGCUGUGCCGCCAGUAUCUCCUCGAGGCCUUCAAUUACCAGAUUCUUCCCUUCCGACAACAUGAGAUGCAGUCUUCACGGACACUCAUACGUUCGGACGUCCUGUCGGUCAUCACUUUUGGCGGGACACCCUACACUGACAACGACCGCACAGUGAGCACCAAGGUGUACCAUCUCCCUGACAUUGCUUCCCGCCAGUUCAAAGAGCUGACAGAGAUGGAGGUGGGGUGCAGCCACGCUUGCGUUGCCGUACUUGAUAACUUUGUGUACAUCGUUGGUGGACAGCACUUGCAGUACCGCAGCGGCGAGGGGGCGGUAGACAGCUGCUUCCGCUACGACCCACAUCUGAGCCAAUGGCUGCGCAUCCAACCUUUGCAGGAGGCUCGUAUCCAGUUUCAGCUCAACGUGGUGAAUGGACAGCUGUAUGCCACCGGAGGGCGCAAUCGAUCUGGCAGUCUGUCAUCUGUAGAGUGUUACUGCCCAAAGAAGAACGAGUGGACUAAUGUGGAACCAUUAAAACGCAGGAUUUGGGGACACGCAGGGACUCCCUGUGGAGAAAAGCUGUAUAUCUCAGGGGGUUAUGGCGUCUCGUUGGACGACAAGAAAACUCUUCACUGCUACGACCCAGCAUCAGACCAGUGGGACUUCAGAGCUCCUAUGAAUGAACCCAGAGUGUUGCAUGCCAUGAUCAGCUCCAAGGAUCGGGUUUAUGCUUUGGGCGGUCGCAUGGACCACGUGGACCGUUGUUUUGAUGUGCUUGCAGUCGAGUAUUACAUUCCAGAGAACGACCAGUGGACCACCGUCAGUCCCAUGAGAGCAGGGCAGUCUGAGGCGGGCUGCUGUUUACUGGACAGCAAGAUCUACAUCGUCGGCGGCUACAACUGGCACCUGAACAAUGUCACAAGCAUUGUGCAGGUGUACAACACAGAGACAGACGAGUGGGAGAGGGAUUUGCACUUCCCAGAAUCCUUUGCUGGCAUCGCUUGUACACCGAUAAUUAUUGCACAAAACACCACAACGCGAACCAUCUAACGUGUGUGUGUGUGUGUGUGUGUGUGUGUGUGUGUGUGUGUGUGUGUGUGUGUGUGUGUGUGUGUGUGUGUGUGUGUGUGUGUGUGUGUGUGUGUGUGUGUGUGUGUGUGUGUGUGUGUGUGUGUGUGUGUGUGUCUCAUUUGAGGGAAUGGCCUACACCUAAGCAGCAUUACUCAGAUUGGUGUAUUUUAUAUCCUGUUUUGGCCAAUAUGUGUUUAACCUACAGAUUGAAUUUUAUGAUUAACUGAUUGGUAAUAUUAUCUCCAAAUGAACUGUAAAGAUAUAUUUCUCUUCCGGUAUAGCAUUACCUAAAUGUAUAACACUUCGUAACAAAAAAUAAUCAUAAUUCAGUCUGUGAAAGUAUUAUAGUUUUACCAAUGAAGGGCUGAAGUUACCGACAGCACAAAUUGUCUCAUGUUUGAAUGAAAGUUAAAUUUGGUUUGCAAAGGUAUCAACAGACUUAACUUUUUAUUAUGUUAGACAUUAUGAUUGUACAGUUGUAAAAGCUUUAUCUGUGUGCUUCUUUUUGUUCUUUUGUGUUUGUUUAUUAUUCAAACAACCAAGAUAACUCAAAAUCUCACUGUUGUAUGUCUCCUGAAAUUCACUAAUCAGCAAACCACAAUGCACAGUAAUGAUUGCAGAAAUGAGCAUGAGUAAUGUGGAAUCACAUUCCACGUGGGUGUUAUUGUUUUUUUUAUUGCUACUACCCUGACACACUAAUUGUUCUCUCAUUCAACAUAACAAACCAGUAUGGACCUUCUAAGGCAGCUACAUAAUCUUUCACGUGUGGGUCAGUUGUAAUGUCAGUAAGUUUGUGCUGCUCUUUAUGUGCUACAUCUUGUGUAUUACACAUGCUUUGUCCUCUGACAAACCCAAUAAGGGGGUCACAGGUGAUAUUUAAUAAAGGCAGAUGUAAUAUGUAAACUAUUCUCAAAAGAUCAAAUUUCCCCAGAAAAACUACUUAAACGUUCCAUUUGCCUUGUUUGAUACGGCUCGUGUUUUUAUUUUGACUGCAUUGCUGCACUUUUCAAAGCAGUAUUUAAUUCUGCUGCUGAAGUUAUCGAUGUACUUAAUAUGUGCAUAAGGAAGAAGCAAGCUUAGAGUUCUUGCUUUUCCUUUUUCAAUGUGGUCAUUUACAUGAUGGUGAGGAGUGUCCACUGCAAAACAUGUUCUCCUGUUGCCUUAGUGUGUAUAUGUCUUCUGUUACCUGUACCAGUAAAAGCACAUGAUAUUAUUGAAGUGCAAUACAAGGAAUCCCCUGUUGUCAAAGGGGAAUGUAGACAGUUGUGAAGCUUUAUGUGCAUCAUUUUAUUAAAGGUGUAUCAUGUUUUAAAAAUA